ACUCGCUUUAAAUGUAUAAGUUGUGCUUAAAAAAACAUGUGGAUGGGGUUGAGUUUUCCCGUUCUUGGUUCAACGUGGCGACGCAUACUGUCGUUACGUAAACCGUUCCGCGCAAAAAUUCAAAUGUGAUCAGGAAGAAAAGUGCAUCCGUACAAAGCAAAACACGCUUCGUACUAAUUUUCAUUUAGCUAAUUUACUAGUUGUAUCAAAGAAACCACACUUCCUAACGCUUUGGAUAUAAUCGAGGAAGACUUUAGGAGGAAGAGUGUAAUAAAGAACUGACUGUUCAGCAGUGUGACCCUUACUCCUCCGGCCAGUCACAAUGAGUGCAUCCUCCACACCUGUCUCCCGGGUGCGCCAGUGGGCUUCACCGCCUCUGAAGUACAAAGGCGCCUCUCCCGCCGCAAGCAGCACCCCCCUCCUCGCAUCCUUCCCCGGCAACGAUGAUGAGCUGGAGCGGCGUCAGAGGCGCAGGUCACGGGUCAUUGAUCUGCAAGCCGCGGUGGACUCCUCUGUUAAUGAAUCUGCCACACAUAGCAACAUUGGGACCCCUGCUGCUGUUCCUAAGCUGUCAAAUGCGCAGAUCUCAGAGCAUUACUCUACCUGCAUCAAGCUCUCCACUGAAAAUAAAAUUACUACCAAGAAUGCCUUUGGUCUACACCUGAUUGACUACAUGGCUGACAUCCUCAAACAGAAAGAUUCUGAGCUCACAAACUUUAAGGUGGCAGCGGGUACCUUAGAUGCCAGCACCAAGAUUUACGCGGUCAGAGUGGAUGCUGUCCAUGCUGAUGCCUACAGAGUGCUCGGAGGGCUUGGUGCUGAGACCAAGCCUGGGGAAGAGCACGGAGCAGGAGAUGAGGGAGAGCAAGAGGAUGGGGCAGGAGGAGAACUGGCUGCUAAGCAGGUCGUGAAGAAAAAGAGGCCUCAUAAGAAGACUGUGGAGCAGAACCUGAGCAACAUCAAUAGCUUGGAGUCUGAGAGGAGAUGUGAAGUAGACCCCAUGUUCCAGCGCAUGGCGUCAUCCUUUGAUGAGAGCAGCACUGCAGGUGUCUUCCUUUCAGUACUGUUCAGUGAGGACAGUCGCUGUGAGCUGCUCUUCCCUUCCCACAUGACCCUGCUUCACUCCAGGGCACCUUGCUCCCAGAUUCCCUCACAGCAUGUCCCCGCCACGCCCUUCACAGGUGGUCUCCAGCGGACCCAGGAGAAGAUCUCUAUUUGCCCCUCCCUGGCCGACUUCUCCUUCACCAGCUGGAACCCUGACCACACAAUGAACCAGAUGCUGGAGAAGAUGAAGCAGGGGGAUCACGUGUUUGACCUGAACGCUGAGGCAGAGCCAGACGAGGAUGAGUGUCAGGACUUUGGGGAUGACUUUGAUGGAGACUGUGAGGAGGGUCAAAUGGACUGUGGAGGCCAGGGCUCCAAGGAGCAAAAGGACUCCUGUGAGGCAGGAGGGCUUGGGAGAGGAAGGGAUGUCAUUCCUAUUGGAGAGGGCGAUAUAGCCACCAUGUGCCUGCAGUUGUCUGACCAGCCCAGGGAGUACUCGUACUUCAGCCCCAGGACUAUGGCUACCUGGGCAGGACCUGGUUACUGGCGCUUCAAACCUCUGCACAAGAAGGACAACCUUCCAGAGAAGGAGGGUCGAAAGAGGAAGCCUAAGAAGAUCUUAGAAAUCGACUUUAAUGACAGUGUCAACUUUGAAACCUACUUCCGCACCACUAGAGCUGCUACCACUAACACCAAGUCAGCCCUCAGCACUAGCAACAAGAAGACGACGCUGGCUGCAGACUUCCAGUUCUCGCCUGAGACCCUGUCCCAAUUCAGCUCUAAGCCCACCAGCACAUUGUGUAAAGAGGGCCAGAAGCGGUUGUCUGGUGAACUGGGAGAAGGCAUUGGAGACUACGACUACAACAACGCCAACGACACAGCCAACUUCUGCCCUGGCCUGCAGGGCGGAGACAGUGAUGAUGAUGGUGGUGAGGGGUUCAGUGGGGGCGCAGAUGACAGCCAGCCUUCUGUAGAUAACCCCACCUCCUCACAAGACCAUGACAACGUGUCCACCUAUGGGGAGGAUGACCUGGUCCCAGAGCCUCACAGGGUGAACAAAAUUGAAAUAAACUAUGCCAAGACUGCCAAGAAGAUGGAUAUGAAGAGACUCAAGAAUACUAUGUGGAGUCUUUUGACUGACAGCAUAGAAAAUCCAGCAAAGGAGGUGCAGAACAUUCAGAGUUCAGAGGUGUCUGGAGAGAAAGUCUUCAGUCAAACCACAAAGACAUUGCUUCAAAGCUUGCCUCCCACCAUGGCUCAGAACCUGUCCGUGCCCCUGGCCUUUGUUGCUCUGCUGCAUUUGGCCAAUGAGAAGAAUUUGGAGCUGGUCAAGGUGGAUGAUAUGUCCGAUAUCAUCAUCAAGCAAGGUCGAUAAGAAGCUUAUUCUCGUGUUCAAUGGAAAUGUAUUUGACAAAUUCUGAGCCAUACAUGUCAAGCAAAUGUCCCCUCACAUUUAGGCCUUGAGCCUUUAAAACAAGUAUUCAAAAAAAUGUACAACUGGCUCUUUUGAAAAUGUUUAAUCUGUCAUGUUACUUUAUAGGAUGCCCCUCUUAACAUGAAAAAGUAGCUAAAGUAUGGUAUAGAGGCAGAAGUUCCUUUCAGUGUAACUGCCUCCAACCCAGACAGGACAAGUUAGUAAUUAUGCUGUCCCUCUAUUGAAACCACCGGGGUCUUGACAAGGAUCCUGGUGUUGAACUAAGAUUGGUAUGGAAUUUUAUUUAUUUAACAUUUUUACUUGCCGUUUUUUAAACAUUUUAAUCAGUGAAAUCUGUUUAACUGUUAAUCAAGUUUGUUUGGCCGUAACUCUACUCUUCUUUCAAUCUGUCAAUUUUUGUUCUACAUCUAUUUUGUAGAGACUUUAUAUUCUUCUAUCGUGCCUCAAUGCGAUGUAAUGUGUACAUACCACAACAAAUAAAACUUUUUUUUA